UCAACCAACCCAAACCCCACAGGAACGACAUCAUAGUUUUCUUUCUUUUUGCCCAAACCAAACCAGUGGCAAAGGGCGAGUGUGUGUGAUCUUAUAUCGUCAAUUACGCACGCCACAUUCUCAUCUCACCAAACUAAAUCUCAUCAAUCAAUUCAGACUUCAGAUAGAAUGGCGUCAAAAUUAAAGCAAUUGCAAUCAAAAGCGACCCUAGCUUCAGAGUUCUUGUCCAAACAUGGAACUACUUAUUACAAGCAACUGUUGGAGCAAAACAAACAAUAUAUUCAAGAGCCAGCCACCGUUGAGAAGUGCAACGAGUUAUCCAAACAAUUGUUCUACACUCGUCUCGCCAGUCUUCCUAGCCGUAACGAAUCAUUCUGGAAGGAACUCAAUCACGUGAAGGAUUUAUGGAAAAAUAGAAAAGAUUUGCACGUUGAACAAGUCGGGAUUGCAUCUUUGUUUGGGCUCGAAUGCUUUGCAUGGUUUUGUGCGGGUGAAAUCAUUGGAAGGGGUUUCACUUUCACCGGUUACUAUGUCUGAAUUUGCGGCCAUUUUGGUUCAUAAAAGCUCGUCUCAGAAGCGAAAUUUGUAACGUUUUCUAAUUAAAAAGUUUCCCAUUUUAUUACGGUAGCGGUUUUCUAUAACUGUGACAUUUUUUUUAAACUUUAGAGCUGAGAAAAACAGUUAAAAGUUGGAUCAAUAAUCCGCAUUUUGGAAUGCUUGAUCACAUAAUGUGUAAUGACUUGUUAGUUAUAUAUGCUUUGGUAGUUAUUGCUUUGCUCAA